AUGGCGAGAAAUCUCAUCAAGAACCCCUGCGGGGAAGAGGGGCUGAAGUACUGGGAGGACAUUGAGGCUGGGGGCGAUGGAUGGAAAGUCGUGGAUCUUCCAGGAGCAAUUUUUCCUUUACAUUUGGUGAAGAAAUACUUUGCGUCAUCCUACGGGUGGUGCAGCAAAUCUCAGCUCAUUGAUCUCCUUCAGGAAGGAUAUACAAGGGAGAUGUUGGACAACAACCAGCCGUGCAUUGUCAUCAGCGAAUGGUACGGAUCGCGGCAUGAUUGCGGAUGUCGCUAUGAGCUGACUGUGCAACUACUGUCUGACUGUCGCGAGGUGAUCGCUGAAUACAAGAGCGGCACGAUCACCAUCCCGGAGACAUUGGACAACUACUGGCGCCAGAUCGGACAUACAUUCUCCCGCUAUGGCCCUGGGGUGCGCUACAUUCGUUUCAAGCAUGGCGGCCAAGACUCCAAAUUUUGGAAGGGCUGGUACGGCGCGCAGGUCACCAAAAGCAGUGUGACGAUCAAUGUUUAACAAACACCCAGAGACACGGCCGGAGCUACUGAUGUUCAGGCUCACGGCGGCAGAAGGAGUGACAGGAGAUUGUGAGGGUAUAGGGAUCGUGGGGAUAACAAACACUGCAAAUGGUACAAUAAUGACAUAGGGAUCCCUCUGCAUAUAUAUAUAUAUAUAUAUAUAUCCUAUAGGGGACAGUGGUGAUCGCCGUCAGGGACAAGCCAUGGAAACUGCUUCCGCCAUUGUAACGAGGGACUGCGGCAGACAGCGCUCCUUCUCGGAGGAAUUGCUGCUACAACACUUUAGUAAAUAAGCCCCUUAAGCUGAUGCUAGUCCUAGCGAUUGGUGGGUGGAUAUCGCACCACAGACGCAGAGAGGAUGAUGCUGCCGCUAAUUACACACCUGCCUUACACAAUAGAUGAAAAAAGGUGGAAAUAGGAAACUUGGGGGGAAUAUAUAUUUUUAACAAUACAUUUUAUUUCAAUGUACAAAUAUAUCCUGUGCGGCCGGUGCAGUUAUAUACUAAUAUAU